CCCCCUCUCUCUCUCUCUCUCUCCUCCCCUCUCUCUCUCUCUCUCCUCCCCCCUCUCUCUCAUUAGUGUGCUACAUUUCGCUGUCGAUCUCUGGGCAAACAAGCGGCGCAGGACGAGCUUCGCUCAUCAGAAGAGAUUUAUAUAUCAUUCCGGGACAUUUUUUUCGUCUCCUUGUUGAUUUUUUUAGAGGACAAUUUGACUGUGAUAUCGGCGUAGAUCAGCUUGGAAGAUGGUUCGAGUCUCCGCAAUAUCGGUCCUUAUUUUGUGCAUCGUAGUUCCAGGGUUGGCCGGUUAUAUUGAGGCGCUAGCAGCCAAUGCGGGAACAGGUUUUGCCGUGGCGGAGCCUCAGGUGGCCAUGUUCUGUGGGAAGCUCAACAUGCACGUAAACAUCCAGACAGGACGCUGGGAACCGGACCCGUCCGGGCUGAAGAGCUGUGUAGGAACCAAAGAGGGCGUGCUGCGCUACUGUCAGGAGAUGUACCCUGAGCUCCAGAUCACCAACGUGGUGGAGGCCAACCAGCCAAUCAGGAUUGAGAACUGGUGCAAGAAGGAGAAGAAGCUGUGUAAAGACCACGCCCACAUCGUGGUACCUUAUAAAUGUUUAGUGGGGGAGUUUGUGAGUGAUGUGCUGCUGGUUCCUGAGAAGUGCAGGUUCUUCCACAAGGAGAGGAUGGACAUGUGUGUCAACCACCAACAGUGGCACGGGGUGGCCAAGGAGGCCUGUUCCAAGGGGACCAUGGUCCUUCACAGCUAUGGCAUGUUAUUGCCCUGUGGUAUUGAUAAGUUCCAUGGCACGGAGUAUGUAUGCUGCCCCUCCCCUGGGGAACCCUCCCUGCCUGCCAUGCCCUCCCAGGAGGAGGAAGAGGAGGAUGAAGAGGAGGAUGAAGAGCUGGAGGAGACGGCACUGGACCAGGAUGAUCCUGUAGAGAAGGAGAGCGAGGCCCCAGCUGAUGAGCAGCCCACCACUCAGAAAGAGGAGGAGCCAUUGGAGGAGGAAGAUGAAGAUGAGGAAGAGUACCACUAUGUGUAUGAAGACGAGGAGGCCGACAGAGAGGAAGAGGAGGAGGAGGAGAAGAAAGAGCGGGAUAGUGUUCCAGAGAGCCAGGAUGAAGACAAGACCCUGACAGAGGUCAAAGCGGUGUGUACCCUGGAGGCAGAGACCGGCCCCUGCCGUGCCUCCAUGGCCCGCUGGCACUUCGAUAUGACGACCAGGAAGUGCGUCCGCUUCGUGUACGGUGGCUGCGCAGGAAACCGCAACAACUUUGACUCUGAGGAAUACUGCAUGGCCGUGUGCAAACGCCUUACAGUGCCCCCCACUCCGCAGCCCACUGACGAUGUCGACGUGUACUUCGAGACGCCCGCUGAUGACAAGGAACAUACUCGCUUCCAGAAGGCCAAGGAGCAGCUGGAGAUCAGGCACCGCAACCGCAUGGAGAGGGUGAGAAAGGAGUGGGAGGAGGCAGAGCGUCAGGCUAAGGAGCUUCCUAAGGCUGAGAGACAGACUCUGAUCCAGCACUUCCAGGCCACGGUAGAGUCCCUGGAAGAGGAGGCAGCCAGUGAAAAGCAGCAGCUGGUUGAGACCCACCUGGCUCGGGUAGAGGCCAUGCUCAACGACCGGCGCCGCCUGGCACUGGAGAACUACCUAGCCGCCCUGCAGGCUGACCCACCGAGGCCCCACCGUAUCCUGCAGGCUCUGAGGCGGUAUGUGCGUGCGGAGAACAAGGACCGUCAGCACACCAUCCGCCACUACCAACACGUACUGGCUGUGGACCCUGAGAAGGCUGCCCAGAUGAAGUCCCAGGUACACACCCUGACCCCUAACCCGGAACAGGUGAUGACCCACCUACGUGUGAUCGAGGAGAGGAUGAACCAGAGUCUGUCUCUGCUCUACAAGGUUCCCUACGUCGCCGAGGAGAUCCAGGAUGAGAUUGAUGAGUUGCUUCAGGAGCAGAGGGCAGACAUGGACCAGUUCCUGUCGUCUAUCUCCGAGUCUCAGCCGGAUGUUACCGUGUCAUCAGAGGAGAGUGUGGAGCUUCCUGUCUCCGAGGGGAAACCCUACCGGCCCUUCCAGGUCACCUCCCUGGGGUCGCGACCUGAACCAGAGGGUGAUCUAUCAGACUCCCCACGUGCCUUCAAGAAAGGUUCAGGGAUGUACGGCCAGGACGGGCUGAUCGGAGCUGAGGAAAGGAUCGUCAACAGCAAGCCCAAGAUCAACAACAACAUGCAGGUGGUUGAUGAGACUCUGGAUGUAAAGGAAGUGAUAUACAAUGCUGAGAGAGUCAGCGUUAUGCAUGGUGAUGAGCUGGAAUCCUACCGCCCUCUGGGCGAGGACUUCAGCUUCGGGAGCUCUGCUCUGAUUGGUCUGCUAGUGAUAGCGGUGGCCAUAGCGAUGGUGAUAGUGAUCAGCCUGGUUAUUCUGAGGAAGAGGCAGUACGGAACCAUCAGCCACGGCAUUGUGGAGGUUGACCCCAUGCUGACCCCAGAGGAGCGCCACCUCAGCAAGAUGCAGAACCACGGUUACGAGAACCCCACCUACAAAUACCUGGAACAGAUGCAGAUCUAGGAUUGGCUGUGGCACCAAGCAGAGAGGAGGGGCCAACAUACUACUGACCAAUAACAACAAAAAUACUCUCCUCCAAAAAAAAUAAUCAUUUGCAUAAUUACAUCAGAUUACAAUACAUUAUAUUGGAUUUGUUUCAAACCGAUGCUAAAACUACUGCUACUAUUGUACUAUACAGCUCCCUUUCAAUCUUGGGGUUUCUUUUAAAAGGGAGAUGUACGUAUCUCUACGUUUUUAUAUAUAAUAUGUGAUUUAAUAAUUAAUUAUUACGAUUACUCUCUGAAGAUCAAGCUGUAUUACAUUUCUUAUGAUGAUUUUUAUUUUGUUGUUUUAAAAAAAAUAAUAACAUGCAACAAGGUAAAAAAAAAAAACAAGCAACUCAUUGAAGACUUUAUAAAUGUAUCUUAUCGAACAUAACAAGGAGGACACUAACGUUUUGUUUCCCAUCGUACCAGUGUCCCCAAAUACCUUCUGACGGUCUUCUCGUAAUAAAAUGGUUGUUGGGGGUUCUUUUCGAUAGAUUGCUUGUAUAGGAAGGUUCUUUGUACCUAAUUAAAUGAUGUAUAGUGAAACUACAAAUGAGGAAAAAGAAUGAAAACAAAAUCAUGAAUUCAGUUACUUUCUAUUCUUUGUUAUGAUUGCAAACAAAAUAUACAUAAACAGUUAAAAUAUA